UUGGAGAUUGUCUUGCAUGGAAACCACAUGGAUGAGCGUGUCGUUUCUUUGUGAAUGGAAAGUUCUUGUAGGUGUACUUGUCCCGCUCCCCCCAUGAUCGUUGAAGUUCAAGUUCUUGUUUUGCGCGCAAUGUGAAUGAAAAAUAUUCACUUCAUUCCAAAUCACAAUCAACAAUCAUGACCGCGUCGGGGGGACGACUACCCCCUUCCAUCCAUCCGUCCUCGUCAUCGAGUUCAAGAUCGAGGCCAUGGAUGUAUCAACAACGCGCAAGCGUCGAGCACGAUUACGACUACCAAUACGAUACUGACGUGCAACAGGAAGUCGAGAUUAAUGCGCCGUUCGCGUUUAAUGAAGGCCGCGAAGUUCUUGCUGCUGCUGAAUACAACUGCAGCCACGACUCAUCGCUUCGGUCAUCGGGUUCUAAUCAGAAUGAUCGGAGCACCAGAAGUAGACCAGUGGCGAUGUUGAACUGCACAAGCGGAAGUAGUGCAGGAUCGUCUGGAUCUUCAGCAUCAGCGUCGUACACCGUCGAGCAAGAUAGUGCCUGUACCGGAGCCGAUGGCCGCCAAGGCCGAGAAUCGGUGGAUUGGCUCCUCGCCAGAAAAUGGCGCAGCCGCCGAGUACAGGAAACCGUGUUUCACACCUGGCUGCUCUCCGUCGUCGGUACCUACGAGCAAAUGUGUCACCUAGCGGCUUCCCACCGACAGAACGGCCUUCGGAAGGCGUUAGGUACGUGGAAGGCCGCGUAUGCGUCGCGGACGGCGGAGAUUCUCGCGGAGGCUCAGUUCUGCUUGACUUUACAAGCGAGAGCGGUCCGCGCGUGGUCCGCGGCCCUGGUUUUCGUGCGAGAUCAGCGAAUCAAGGUUUUAAGUCUGCGCUACACGGGGCAUAGCCGCUUGCUUGGGGAAGUGUUCGGAAUUUGGAAAGAAAAGAAUUCUGGUAGUUGUAGAGGUGAUCAACACGAGGAAAGGCUGGACGACGUCGACGAGAGCGCUUCUGCAAAUAAUGAAACCGAUAAAAAAGCAGUGGUCACUCCAACACGGGUGGCUCCGAAAAUAAGGAAUCAACCGCUCCGAGGACCAGGCGGAGCUGAUCAACAUACUGGUGAUGUUGUUGACCACAGCCUGCCACUACAUACCUCGAUCCCACUGUCGGAGAUCAGUCCUUUUUUGCGCUCCAUUUCGCUCUUUGACCUGUCCUCCUCUGGAACAAGCCAGCAAAAGUCCUUGUUAGCAACUCAAUCAGAGGCCGCACAGCAUGAUCAACACGAGGAGCAGCACGACGUGGACACGCAGAUGAUGCCAGGAUUUAUUUCCAAAUCGGGUAAAACGCCAUUCGCAUUCACAUCAGGGAGUUCUAGAAAAGCCACAGAAGGUGGACCACGAUCUGCAAAACAAGACAGCAAAACAGAGCUGCGGACGUUUCUGGAAAGUACUUUUCAAGCCAGUUUGCAGCGUGUUCGCCAGGAGAAUCAUAAUCCGGCGAGUGGAAAAAUAGACCUAACAUCUCCGUCGUUCCCGCAUAGUCAAAUGAAGACGGACACGGACAACUGUUCAACAUCCAGGUCCACCACGAAGCUGCUUUCGCUCAUCGCGUCUGCGGAGUCCAUGUUUCACGUGCGCGACUCCUGCAUCACCGCGAGCAGCGACGGACGCCCGAUGCUGAAUCUCGCUGCGCUGCAAAAAUUGGUGCAGAAAAGCAGGGAAGAACAGGGUGACGUUGCAGAAGUAGAGACACGGAGCAGCAGAGGAUCGUCAAAGGAGGACCGCUGUAGGAACUCGUCAUCCAAUGCCAAGGCUGCUGGGACGGAAAGUGCAAGGACGAACGGGCAUCAGCAUCAUCACGCUGAGUCAAUGACUUUCAGCCUUACCAAUGCUGGCAAUCUCGCCUCGGAAAUCCACAAAUGGCGCGGGCAGUUGUAUGCGCAGCCGGAUGACAUGAUCUUGCAGGAGAACAACGGGCAACUGAAAAAUUUUCAGGCCGAGCGCAUACUUGAAGAGGGUCCACUAGAGGGCGGCGAUGUCGAGAUGCAUGUUAGCGAUGAACGAAGUCAGAUGACAGGCUUGCCAGCGCCAGCGCAACUCAAUCGUUCCUCUGCUCCAUCCUCUAGCACAAGUUCAAGUUCUAUUCUUCGCCGUGCUGUUGAUGUCCCGGUGAGACAGAGCCCUGGAGGUCAACUGUCUGCGUCUUCGUGCACUACAGUGCGUGCAUCGACGUCUAGCUCCUCUGUGAAAAACGAGAAUUCAUCAACGCUGUUUGGAAACAAAAUCCAGAGUGUGCUGAAUGACACGCGACGGAGUAUCAAGACGCUGCGGCAAACUCUCGUGGACCGCAGCACACCGGACGACGUGUCGUACGACAUCUGCGAGCUCGGUUCGGAGCAGAACAAUAGCGCGUUUGCAGCAGCAGCUGCUUCAAGCGGCUUUCAGAACGUGUCACAACUCGCUUCGGAGAUGAAAAAUCCAUUGGAGUUAUCUAAUCGCUGGUCAGUUCCUCCGCUAGUUGCUUGCGGUCCAGGACCAGUGGAGGUGGUGCAACAAGCGAGUUCGAGCAAUAGCGGUCCUGCUCACUCAAUAUCACGAGCACGAGCGAGUCAAAGUGAAGAGCAGGGAAGAGGAGAACAACCUGUCCGUGCAGUAAUUGCCGAUCAUUCACCUCCUGCCGCAAUCUGGGAAGUAGACGAAGAAUCACCCGUGUCGACUCAACAUCAAGAUCAAGAGAACGUGCUUCACCGCCAAAUAGCACAAAAACGCGAAAACUUUGUUCGCAAAGUUCUGCGCACGUGGCAUGGUAAACGCGCGAAAGCAGAGUUGCGUGUAGAAGCGACGACCCAUCGUAAUUUUCCCGGUGUAAGGACGAGUGCUCGGGAAGAGCGGGCGCUGCAAAAGCUGGAAAGUCUGCUGCAGAACAAAAGCGCGCAGAUGGAGAACACAAGCAGGGCUGCUGCAGGGAAAAAUCUUAUGAAAAAGGCCGAAGGUCGCGUUCUCAAAAGUGUUUUCCAACGAUGGACGCGACACACGCACAGAAAGCGCACGGACCGCUGGACGCAGGUUUGGCGCGCAAUCGUGUUGCCGAAAGUCAGGCGCGUGUUCGAGGCGUGGCGGGACAACACCAACGAGGAGAUAGAAACCAGGGAGAUCGUCUCUGCAUUCCGGUCACAGAUCGACGCAAGGCUAAGACACGCUGCACUGUUCGCGUGGGAGGAAGUCGCGAGUAAGAGAAGAAGAAAUCGCGAGCGUGGUGAUUGGUGGCAGCGACGCAGAACGCGUGGGCUGCAGCGGGCGUUAAUUGGGCUUUGGCACGAGCACUUGCAGCAUCGGGAGUGGUGUAGAGAAGUUUUGCGGAGCACAGCUUUGGCACGAACAGAGAGAGUUUUCCAAGGCUGGGCACUGCGGACGAAGCGGGAUUGUUUCGUUCGCCGAAGUCUGGAAAUUCAGAUACAGAAAAGGAGACAAAAAUCGCUACAGAGAAUUUUCUCCUCCUGGAUCCGACGGGUCGACGUGCGGCAUUUGAUUCAAAACCGGCGGGAGAAGCUUGGAGCGAAGCUGCUUACCCGCUCCUUCAACGUGUGGGCGCGCGGCACGAGAGUCAGUAUCAGUGUUUCCGUUUCGGUGAGAAGGCAGGAAAGCAAACUUCUUCGUUGCGCGUUGUGGCUGUGGCGGCAAAAGGUCCGGGUGUGGCGCAGCAUCGACACGGGCUUCGAGGCGUCUCAGCGGGCGUUUUACGUGCGUGUCUUUCGCGGCUGGCGUCAUUACGUCGCAGCCUCGUGGCGCAGGAAGAGAAAAGCCUUUGAAAUCCUGUGUCUGGACGCCGCUGCAGAGUCGAGUCGUACGCAAAAUUUGGGCUGGCGGCUUGAGAAGACGCUGAGCACGAAACGACGAGCAGAACAGGCUGUAUUCUUCCGAACGUGGAAGAUCUUCUGGUUUCGCAGACAGCAUGGUGUUGCAGUGAGCAAUGACGCAGAGGAACAGAUUGAGUACAACAAGGCGCCUUCCUCCGGCGCGAAUAGAAGCAGGGGUGUUUCUUCGUCAUCUUCUUCAUCGCGCAUCGGCAGUGGUGCAGCAGGAUUACCACAUUCAAGUUCUCGUCGCGGCCCUGCUGCGUCCUACAGAGCCACUGUCCUAACGCGCACCUUUUCCGAAUGGGCUUCGCCGCUCCUUCAAAAGCGUCAAGCAGGGGCACGUUUGCUCUUGGCAAAACAUUUUGCGAGGUGGAAAAACCGCGACUCCGUGCGCUUUCGAUGUCUGCUCGCUUUUCGCAUUUGUCUCCGCGACGCGAAACACGCAAAGUGGUUGACCGCAUGCGCCUUGCUGCACUGGCGAAAAGUUUCAGCGGCGGCCUCCAGCCGGGAAAAUAAGACCACCACUGCGGCCAACGGCGCCACGGCCUUGCCGCGCGAGGAGCACGGAGUUAGUUUCAGUCUCGCAACUGCUGAUCAUUUCCUUGCAGCAGACUGUGAUGAAGAUGUUCUUGCGGAGUCAGCCUACCUUGCCGGGGCGUCUUUGGCCUCGCAGGUUUUGUUCGAGCCCUACCAGAGCCGAAAUUUUCUCGGAUCCCAAUCCAUGUUCAUCUCUCCGAGACGGGCUGGAGCGCGUUCUCGGGCAGGACCUUUGCGGACAACAAAUAAUCGGUAUGGGACCGGGCAGACUGGUUCGAGCUGCGUCAAUGAAGCAGCAGAAGAGACGUGCAACACCAACGUCAUCGACGCCGCAAUGUCUACAACCACACAGUCACAGAGAACGGCCGCAAAAAAACCUGGGCCGAUGUCGGAGAUGGACAAGCGCCAGCAAACUGAUGUUGAAGAGAACGACAGAGACCAGCACACUUCUCAGGCUGAGGCUCAUCUCCGAAAUAAAGAUAAACGGAACACCUGCCGUCGUGUCUUCUUCAGUGCCUGGUCAACCUUCGUCUGCACGCGUAAGGAAAAUCUAGCGAAUUUUCUGCAAAAGCGCCAGCAGGCAAAGCGGCAGGAAAGAAGGGACAAGCUGGAGCAAAAAAGCCGGGUUGUUGCGUUUUAUCCCAGAGAAAAAAGCUGGCAGGGCAUAUUUGUAAUGCAAAAACAAAUACGCAGAAAAAUUUGUCAUGGGCGGCCCCAUAGCAUGCUGUUUGGGGUAACAAGUACUGCAAGUUUUGUUUUUCUGUGUAUUUAUUUUUGCAUUACAAAUAAUCAAUAUGCCCUGCCAGCUUUUUUCUGUGUGAUACGUUUUUCAAGGCGCGGAGAAGAAAAAUAAAACAGUUCCUGUUCAAAGAGAUCUGGUGGAUGGAGUUCGUAAUGCAAUACAAGCUAAAGCUGCAGAAAGCCGCAACUUUCCGCCAGACGGUUCUGGAAAAACGAAUUCUGAAGCAGUACCUGGUGAGCAUCUGGAAACAACUCUUCAUCGAUCAUUGGCGGGCGCUGCAAGACCGCGCGGAAAAACUUCAGGAAAGUCGAGAGCAGAAGCUUGGCAGAGCCGCGUUUGAAGGUCUGAAGCUGUAUCGCGAAGACAAGACUUCGUUUCGCGAACGGACAGAGAAGGCGGUAGGAAAUCUGACUUCUUGGCGGAAAAAGCGCUUCUUCGUUUCCUUCAAAAGCGGUGUGGAAGAGCAAAAGUCGUGCGUCGAUAAAACACACAAAGCGCAUCGGCACAGACAUGCAACUUUGAUCCGAGAAGCAAUGCUGAGCUUUCGACGCACGGUGGAACUUGCAAGGAGAAAAGGCCAGGCGGACGAGAAAUUUCUGGUUUACGAGCAGACCUUGAUGAAGCGCGCGUUUUCGCACGGAUUCGUACAGCGGUUACAAAGCAAGCGGAAAUGCGUUGUCACAGCGGAGCUGAUCCGCGAAAAGCGCCGAAUUGCAGUCCUACAGGAAGUCAUCCAAUGCCACUGGCUGGUCCACUACCGGUUUCGCCGAAAGGUCCGCUCUGCCACGCUCCGGCGACUUGGCUACUGGUUCUCGAAGUUCCACGCCCAAGUCCUGUAUUCCCUUUCCGCACAGCGCUUCCGAAACCGCAAGAACCAUUUGACUCUGCAAAAAUCCUUCCUCGGUUUCGCCCUGUUCCGCCUGCAGAGCCGGUCCACGAAGCGUUAUUUCCUCCGCGAGUGGCGGUGUGUGGUUGAGUUGCAACGACACCGGGCCCGAAUUGCCCUGGAGUUCGCGCGCGCCGUCGCGCACGCGGAAAACCUGCGACGGCGCACGCAAAAGCGGUGGCUCCGCACGUGUGUCCAAGCCUGGAGUCAGGAUUCCUUCCAACUCUGGGCCGCGCGCAGACUGGUGAAGGUGGCGAGCCGGUUCGCGUUUCGACAGGGCUUCCAAUCGAUUUACACGCGUCCAAUCGACGUGGCAGCGGGGAGGAUGUUAUUGGUUUACGAGAAAAACUACAAGAAGGCCUCCUUCGAUUUGUUCCGGGAUUCCGGAAGGGUAAACUUGAUCCGAGGGAAACAUCUCGAGCAGUCCUUGCGAUCUGUGUUGGGAUCUUGGCGUGAAUGCGUUCAAAACCAAAGGACUGGCGCGACGAAAUUCCUCCGCACACUCGAGCGGGCCGUUCCCGCGGUGGCGCUGCGGCGCAUUCGUAGUUUCUCGAAGUUCCUGCAGGACGCCGAACUGUGUGCAGCAACUGCAAACCAAGUUCGGCUGGCGCAUCCGGCUUUUGCCCGCUGGGUCUACGAGACGAAACUCGCUACAGUAGCAAAGCCGCUUUUUCAGCACUGGAAGCGAUUCCAAAACUACAGAUUGAGAAAACGCCAGGUGUCCCUCCUGCUCUUUUUCCGCCGCGCCCGGGAGCGGCAGACGGCGCGGUUGCGGUCCGACAUGGCGUACGUUUUGUACCAGCGGCGGUGCGCCCGAAAGUGCUUGCUGGUCUGGGGCGCCUGUCGGCAGCGGGUGCUGGACGUGAGGCAAUCUUCGGACGUCUGGGACAUGCAGGGCGCGAUAUCAAAUGCAAAAAUGUCUGGGUCUGGAAACUUGUGAUGCUAAAAUGUGACUGGUGGGCGCACUGCAAUACGCAGCCAAGCAUGACAAAUUUUUGAGCUGCUCUUGCGUUAGGUUUUCCGCAUGGCAAACUGCGUUUCUGCAUGACAGCCAAGAAGAGGCCCUUUUCGUGGCUAUGCAACACAGAUUCUGGUGUCAUACCAGACAAGCAUGACAGACUUGCAUUCUUCCAGACCCAGACAUUUUUGCAUUUGAUACGCGAGUCGCUGGAACAACACUUUCGGGAGGCGGAGAAACAGGUCUACCAGUACUGCGUCGAGCGACGCUUCAUCUGCGUUUCGUCGUCAAGCAAAUGGAAAUGCAGCAAAGCGGAACGAUUGCAAUGCUCGUGUGGUCGUGUCUAGAGCCAGCGGCGCGCCACCUACUCCAUCAGCAUCACACCCUGAUGAGACGGAAGUACGUGCAGGAGCUCCUCGCAACAACGAGGACAAGAAUGACUCUACAAAUUCUCAGUCGAGUACUAGUACUUCGCCGGUUGCAAUGAAGUCGCGACGCAAGAAGGACGGCAAAAAUGUAUAUGCAGCUCAUGAUGCCAACUCCAACACAAACAGGAAAAGCAAUACCGACCUUGAUGGCGCACUUCGGAGCUCCUAUUUCCACUUGUUACUCGAGCGGAGCCUGGACUUUGGUCAGCAGAAGUCAACAUCUUCAAGGAACAGAGCGAGCACCGACUUGGUGUACUCGACGAGCAGAUCCUCUGGAGGUCCGAUCUCGCGGGACGAGGCCAUUGGGCUGAAUACUGGAGAAGGAGUAGAGAGAAUGAAGGAACAAGAGGAGAUGGUGUCCCUGAGCGACGACCCGGAGGACGGGCAGGACAAUUGCACGAUAUACAACGAGGAGAACAACGAAGAGGAAGAUGUUGAAAAUGUUGAUGGCGCCGACCAUAUCCGAGAGCAAGACUUCACGCCGGCGUGCAUGUCGACGCUCGACGAGGCAGAAGUAGACCUAGACGCUCAUGAUGAACAUGAUUCGUUUUUGUCUUCGAUGAACGACUGGCAGUACAGCUACCAGAACGUAGUAGGAGGUGCAAAGGACAUGGGCGAGGAGGAGAAUUAUCCGCAACUCGACCGCUACAGUAGAAACAGGGCCAGUCGCACAUCUCUGCGGAGCAGCUCGAGUUCCACUUCAAACACGGCAGCUGAACCCGUGGACGAAAAGAACAUGCAAAACGAUCAAGCGGAUGAAGAACUCCACGAAGCGGAAGCUGCAGACCCAAAAGUUGUGACCACGAUUCCCGUGCUAGACGAGGACAGCAAGAAGAUGUCGGGCAUUGAGAAUGAUCAGGUCGAGGUUCAGGAUUUGAUCCGACUUUCCUCUGAUUCGCUUGAACUCUCGCUAACUUCUUUCUGUGACUCUAAGGAGCGGCAGUCUUUUCUCGAGCAGAGCGAGCAGGCGGGGGCACAGGAUGGUGUUGAUGAGCAGGAGCACGAGAGUGCUAGCUGCACGAGGACCACUUCCACCGCGACAGUGCACCAGGAGCACGAGAGUACUAGCUGCACGAGGACCACUUCCACCGCGACACUCAUUCAGACUCAGCUGCCGGACGACCACUCGUGUAGAAGCUCCACGACUCCGGUUCAACAUAUUGCUGUUUCUGCUUCACAACCGGUGCCGCACCCACCGCCACAAGCACUAGUGUCGGCUUCACCUCCUUCUUCUUCUCUCUCUUUGGUGGCACCUCCCACCUCAUCUUCCAGAGGCAGAGCUGCAGCUGCGCCCGACCAGAUGCAAAUCCUGCGAACCAGUAUGCAAAGUGGCCAGUUCUUGAAGCAGCAGAACGCGGCGCCAGUGGAAGGUCCUCCGGAACGAGAAGUCUCCCUCGCCACCAAUCAACAACCGGAAGAUGAAGAAGCUCUGAACAUGCGGCUUAGCCGGAGCGGCGUUUACGUGAGUCUUGAAGACGGUUGCAACGAUCUCGAGAUGGAAUUGGAGCCAGUGGGCGAUGCAGAUUGUCUGCGAAGUAGCAUUUGCACUUCUACUUCGCUCAUCGAAAACCUGCCAUCGUCGUCCUCACCUGAUGAACUGGCUGCUGGGUCCGCUUCUGCUCCUCCUGCUUCUGACACAGCAGAUGCUCCUCCUGCUAGUGUUACUAAACUUACGGCGGCCGCGGCGAGGAGUACGACUACGACUACAACUACCAAUUCAAUACACUCAGACACGGCCUCCAGCACGACGACGACCUCCUCAGCCACCUGUUCGCUCUCCCCUCGCAUGGCGCAAAGCACGCGGCGAAAGCGCAACAAGUACUACGACUUUGCGAGAAAACGGAAGUACUACCAUACCAGCUCGUGCGAUUCCAUCCGUGAGGCCAGCGAUGAGGACCAGGAGGACGAGGACGAACAGGGUUCGGAAGCUGCGACUACGAGUCGCCGGUACAAUGUUUUACUCGUGAUGAAGCAUAAGCUUAACCAGAUCGAGAACGAGAUAUUGUUUUGAAUAUGCAAGUAGGUAGUUUUUCUUUUUUGAAGAUUUUUCUACAGCUGGGUACUGAACUCACGAAUCGUCGAAAGAUAAACAACAUCACCACAGUGCCUCGCCGGCGAGCAGUCGCGGGUCUCCGAUGGAGUACGAGAGUCCCAGCCCCCUUUCGACCGACCGCGACCAUUUCGCCGCCGCUCGGAAGCCUCCCCCUCAUCCGGGAGGUGGAGGUCAACAUCUCCUGCGGAAGAGCCGCGGCAGCUUCAAUCAGCCGCGGCAGGAAACCCCCCGUCCUCAGGUACUAGAUCAUAGCACAUCAUCUACUUUGUCCGGAGGCAAAAACAAACACGUGCAACACAGUGAGUCAACCAGUCGUGAUUCGCUGCGCUGCGUUCUGGAGGCGGAACGGAAGAAAUCGUACCUGGGCCUGAUGUCCAGUUCUGCCGAGAACAAGGACCUCCUACCGAAAACCACGAGCGCACCACCUCCCACGACAAGUAGAACCGUGGUCGCCGCUAAUGGUACUAUCGAAGACAGUUGUUCGACUUCCUUUCAGCAGCCGCAGCCCUUAGUGGUAGUUCGAUCUGUUCCGACAGCGAAACUGCUCACUACAUCGCUAUCGUUUGAAAAAGGCGGACUGUAUUCCCUGAAAAUUAACCAUCCCCAUCCACUUUUUGCAUGACAAACACAGAAUUUGCUACAUGUUUUGCAUGACAAACUGGAUGGGGAUGGUUAAUUUUCAGGGGAUAGACUGCUUUCAGCUUCGCGAGCAACGACUUCGGCAAAUAAUACCACGAGGGGGACGACGAUGUCGACGAGCACGAGCUCGUUGCACCAAGAUCAAGAUGCGGUUGCUUCUGGCGUAGUUGUGCCAGCAUCUAAAAAGGUCCUAGAAGUUGUCCAGAAUUUGGACAACGACGUCGACUCCGAAAACGACAGAGACUCUGUACUGAUGGACUGUGAAGCGUGAGCGGCGAGGACCACAUAGUAUUCGGUAGUUGUCAGACUCAGAGAAGUAGCAAAAGCACAACGAGGCGCUGAUGCGGCAUUCUUGAUAGACCCAAACAUAGACAACCGCACCAUUGGAUGAUGUAAGUAGUUGAACACGCCAAAUUAAAAAAGAACAUCCAUGGAGGCGGCGUAUUUGACCAAUGAUCGAUGGCCAUUGAUUGUGG